AUGGGCAAGGCAAUUGGGAUUUUGUACACUUGGCCGGACCGACAACGAAUCAAUGCUGGGUCUGGACAAAGCUUCAACUGGUCGAAUUUUUAUUGCAUAACGCCAAAAAAACUACCAGAUGAACCUUUGCUCUUUAGCGAAACCAGCAAGACACCCUCAGUUGGCAGCAGCAGGGCUGGUCUGAUCCGGCGCAACCGGGCCGACUUUAAAUGCACAACGGACUGGCUGACAUGA